CCACACGAGAAACACCGCCAUGUUAGGGUUUUCGUCGAGCUUAAGAAGAACGAAGUUUGAAUCAGGAUUUGAUUUCAGUUGUUGAAGGCGUAUACAAUGACAUCGUUGGGGACAUCUAAAGGUGUAUUGGAGAUCGCGAAGUUCGCCGUGUACGUUACAGUUCCGAUCGGUCUUAUGUAUUUCUUCGCCAAUAACACUAAGAAUCUUCAGAAAUUCAUGGGCACUCGUGAAUACAUCGUGUACCCUCCGGAGGGACCAAGGCCCCAAUCACCGGAGGAACUAAGAGAAAUGGCUCGGGAGAUAGCUCGCAAGCGAGGUACACAAUCAUGAGCCCAUGGGGUGGGAUUUUAUAAACUAUUGGAACCAUAAUCCAGUUGGUGGUGUUAUAUGUUUUCUAUCAUGAAAAUGCUUUCUAUGAAAUUGUAAUAAAAAUGCAUCCAGAAACCUUCUUGUAGUUCUCUUAUUAUAAAUAAUAUAGUUGUAAAUGAUCACAUCUUGCAUAC